AUGAGGAACCGAAGGCCAGGCCAGCAGGGGGCGCGCAGCGCAGCCGCAACGCAGGGGGUUGUCGGCGAGCAGCAGGCGCGGCGCGGGGAGGUCGCCAUCGCGCUCGAGCGCGCGCAGCUCGUCGGGGCCCAGGCCGGCCAACGCGUUGAGGCGCGCGUCCAGCUGCUCCAGGCGCGGCCGGCGCAGCGCGGCGGACGGCAAGCGGCUAAGCGCGUUGCCCGACAGGCCCAGGAGGCGCAGCUCGUCGAGCGGGGCGAGCGCGGCGUCCAGCGCGGCCAACAGCGCGGGGCCGCCCCGCGCCAGCGCGUGGUUAAGCUGCAGCGAGCGCAGCGCGGGCAGCCCGCGGAAGGCGUCGCCGCCCAGGGCGCGCAGCGGGUUGUGGCUCAGGUCGAGCGCCGCCAGGCUGGGCAGCCCGUCGAAGGCGCCGUCCUCCACCAUCUCGAUGUUGUUGUGCGUGAGGCGCAGAGCGGUCAGGAGCGGCAGGCGCACGCCGCCCGCCGCCUCCGCCUCCGCCUCCUCCCCGUCCGCGUCCCCGCCGGCGAAGGCGGCCGCGCGCAGCACAGUCAGGGCGCGGCGGGUCGGCUCAGCGCCGCCGCCACGAGCAGCAGCCCCGGCAGCAGCGGGCCCCAGUGCUCCGGCUGUCCCGCGCGCGGGGCCAUCACGGCUGCCCCCGCAUCCAGCGCCCGGGCCGCCGCGCUCACCAGGGCCCAAGGACACACCUGGAGGCCAUUAGCAGAGGAGCCAUCAGGCAGCCGGCUCCGGCUGCAGGUGAGAAGGCGUGAUGAGAACAUGUGGCAGCCUCCACCAGCUGGAGCUGGAGCAUGGAGGACACCUUGGUCUGAGCGGCUCCAGCAUCACUCCCCCAGCACCACCUGGAAUGCAGAGGUAACCACAGCACAGGCUCUGACACUCAAGACUGUUGAGUUCCUAUAUGGCCUUGUCCUGACCUGCCUACCCUUUCCAUUGAUCUGUGCUUCUUGUUCUUUCUUAGUGACUGAAGAUGUUUGGGUCCCACCUUGGCUCUCAGUGCCCUCUGCUGCCGAUCCUUGGCCCUGGGACUCAUGGCUGACUCAUUUCUCACCACUGGAGUGCUGGAGCGCCCAGCUCAUGAAGGAGCCCCCAGAGAGCGCCGCUCUUUGCAGACAGAUCAUCAAUUGCCACACCGGCCUAGGCCUGGCUGUUUCCUGCUGCCCCAGAGCCUCUGCUACCUUUCCAGCUUCAUGUUGGCCAUUUACCAGGAUGACUUAGUGCUAGUUUCCCCCAGUGGGUCACGUUCGAGGUCCCUAGACUUCCCCAACUGUAUCCCAAAAUGGUAGAGAAAGCAUUCAGCCUCAGGUGUGGUUGCGGUAG